AUGUCUAAGGAAACAGCAGUGGUCAGUGACGGAAAGCUAAAGGUACUAGCGUUGCAUGGUUAUCGCCAAAAUGCUGAUUCGUUUAAAGCUAAACUAGGAUCGCUACGCAAGUUCUUAAGCAAGUAUGUUGAGUUCGUGUUUGUGACGGCACCGCAUAUAGCGGCUCCGCUCGAAGCCGACGGUAAACCAGAUCCAAACCAACGAAGUUGGUGGUUCAAUAAAGAUGAUCGUACAUUCAAGGGCACCAACCGUGGAGGCCCAGCGUACGGGUUCGAUGAAAGUCUGAAACUGAUAGAACAUACAUGGCAGACCGAGGGUUGCCAUGGGUUGUUAGGAUUUUCACAAGGCGCAUGCUUUGUGGGGCUACUUUGUGAUCUCAGCGCUCGAGGCAUGACGACUGUUAAGCCAGAAUUUGCUGUUGUUGCCGCUGGAUUCCGAUCGGGAAGUUUGGUACAUUUGAAUUAUUACGAAAGCAAGAUUCAAGCACCAUCGUUGCAUAUUUUUGGCGAAACAGAUGAAAUAAUAACGAAAGAUAUGAGUGAAGCUCUAACAGAAACGUUUCUUGAUCCUGAUAUCAUAAUCCAUCCUGGCGGGCAUUUUUUCCCCGCGCAAGCCUCAUUGAAGGAAAAAUACAUUGGUUUUUUCCGAGACCAACUGCAACUGCAUCUCGAAACCAAAGAACUGCAAAAUGCAACAGAAGAAAACAGCUUCAAUAUCGAUGAACCAACGGCCAUCGACGAAAGUCCAGAGCAUAAUGAAAGCGAUUCAGAUUCGGAUUAA